CCAUGCGUAUCAUUCAUAGUUCACUUUGAAAUUUGAAAAUUAAGUAAUUGUUUGAGAACUGUCAAAGCUUGCAAAGUUGUAUGAAGAAAUCAAAGCUAGAAAAAAGACCAUUGUCGGACAAUUUUGUUGAUCUUCAUGUGUUUGUGGUACCAUAUAAACUUUGGAUGGAAAAAUACCGAACUGCAUACAACAGCAGUACUCUUGAAUCAAUUUCUGCUGGAUUCGUUAGAGUUCCCCCACUGAUGACACUUGAAGAUUUGAGAAGUCAAAUAAAGGAACAACUUUAUGGCAGUGAUGUUAUCCCAGAUGAAUAUGUUUAUCUGCGCUGUGUUGGUCGAUGUCUUGCCAAAGUCACUAGAGUGCAAGAAUUCUCUUUAAAAGUCAAACAUUUUAUUCCUCCUGUGGUCCAAUCACCAGAAAUUUUUGUUUUAUAUGGAAACCAUGAAACAAUGAAUAUCUCAAUUAGCUCUGCCUCAGCUCUUGAAGAAUAUGAACAAGUUCGAGGAAACAAGGAGUACACAAAAGAAAAAGAAAUGGAAACGUCAACAGGAGAAACAGAAAUGAAAACUCCGACGAAAUGUUCAUCAUCCGAAAGUAAAACUCGGGAAAUCGUUGACAUGACUGAAAGACGUGUUCAUUUUAUACAACAUGAUGGAAAUGACAAUGAAAAUAAUUUUCCUAUUGAAAACAACGUUAAGAAAAAGGAAGAAUUAGUCGAAAGAGAUAAAGCAAAGACUGUCGACGAUGUAGACCCGUUUUUUCAACAAUUUUCUGCUAAUCUUAACGAAAAGGUUAAUGAAGUACACAAAGAUCAUCCAGGAACUACGUGCGAUGAAUUAAACUCAAAUAAUUUACAAAAAUAUAUGAAAUCCAAUGAUCUGAGUCAACAAAGAAAGUCUCCAAGUUUUAAAGAUAAAACUGACAAAACCCCAAGGGAUAGAGGCAGAAGAAAGAAGCCUCUCCCUCAAUCAAAAACUGAUCCAUCUCAAGUGCAAACUUCGUUAGAGAAAGUUAGUGGAAUAAAUGAGCUUCGUGAUGAUAUGGAAACUAAAAAUGAAAAUGUUUACGAUGACAAUGAAUUAGUGAGUAGAAAGAUAAAGAGUGAAGAAAAUUGUGAUCAACAUAUGAAAGAUGAGCUAUCGAAAGUCGAAGUAAAGUCAGCUCAUAGUGAAGAUGAUAAUACUAAAGACAUCAGUAAUCAUAAGAUUUCUGCCGUUGAAAAUAAUGAUUAUGAAUCAAAUGGUGUCGUUGAUGUGCAGAAAAACGUCAACAAUGAUAAAAACAGUCGUGUUGUGUUUUCAACUAAGAAAAAUAUGAAACAUAGCGCUGAGAACUCUGUUGCAUCUAGUGGAUUUGAAUCUUUAAACACGUCGAAUGAUAAUAGGUUCACUGUCGAACAACCAUUGAAAGAUAUUGAGAAUAAAAUGGCUGAAAAGGAAAAUAUUGUUUUAGAGUUGCAAGCAGAAUUGAAUGAUGUGAGAAAUGAAAGGUCAAAUAGUGAAAAAGCAAGAGAACAGUUGUUAAAGAAAGUUAAAAAUCUACAAGAUCAAAAUAAUAAAAGACAAAUUGAAGCUAAAAGUUUAUGGAAAAAGAGAUAUUUUGAGGAGAAAAAGAAAACAGUUUCAUUAGAAGAACGUUGUAAUCAGCUACGCUAUGAUGUUGAAGUCGUUCAUAAUAAAAUACUUUCUUAUAGCAAUGCUAAAGAACGUGAUUCUGCUUCAUCGUAUCUACUGAAAGAUGGAGAUCCUAAAAAGUUGAACGCUAAGAUAUUGCUAAGUCGGAAAGAAAACGAAGUCGAAGAGCUUAGACGACGUGUGGAAGAAGCCAAAAUUAAACUGGGUUCAGAAAUGAAGCUCCGUGACAACGCUCAAAAAGAAUUGAAACAAAUUCGUGAUGAAGUUAUUGAUAAAAAGAUCAACGCCACCCUAGUAAAGAAAAGUCUUUCUUUGUUAGAAACCCAAACUCAAAAUGACGUUUGACUUUUAUCUAUGCGGAUGAUUUUAUAAAAAUUUUUAACUUUAUUUAAAUAGCAACGUACAUAUGUGUACAAUUUUGUACAUAGUAACAUGAAGUAUCGAUACAUUGUAGGAAAAUUUAUGUAACAUGCAGUUGUUUUCACGAUGUAAAGUUGAAAUGGUAAACAAGUAAAAAGCGUUAUGCUGUUUCGUUUUGACCGAA